CAAUCAAAUUAUUUUGAAAAUUAUUUUACUGUAUAAUCUACUCGACUCGAUUCUCUUAGUUUUUUUUUAAAUCCUGUAAUAUUUAUUAGCGAAUAUAUUUGGCGUAUUUAAAUGAUAAUAGACUUAAAAGAUGAAUUUAGCCGAUCCAGAGUUGGAGUUAGUUGACCCCACACCAAAUGUCCACAGUCUUUUUCUGCAUUUCGAUCAGGUAUUCUUCUGGACCAAGUUAGCUAGCAGAGCCGUUGUUCGAUGGAGUAAGCGAAUGUAUUCCUGCGCAGGCAUAUGCUCGUAUGACCGACAACUAUGCGACAUUGCCCUGAGUGAACCAUUACUCAAGUUGAGACCCCGAAAAGAUCUAAUCGAGACCCUGUUACAUGAAAUGAUUCACGCUUAUCUUUUUGUCACCAACCGAGACCAGGACAGAGAUGGGCACGGACCAAACUUUAAAAUGCAUAUGCACAGGAUCAAUAAAGCAGCUGGGCUGAAUAUUAGCAUUUAUCAUGAUUUCCAUGCAGAGGUAAAAUUAUACCAAACCCAUUGGUGGCGUUGCAAUGGACCAUGUCAAACUAUGAAACCACAUUUUGGAAUUGUACGGCGAUCUACAAACAGAGCCCCAGGCACAUCAGAUUACUGGUGGAAAUCUCACCAAAGACAAUGUGGAGGUAACUUUGUUAAAAUAAAAGAACCAGAAAAUUAUGGAAAAGAUAAGAAGAAAAAGGCUUCACCUAAACCUAUAGCUGACAUCACUAAAUAUAUUAGCACUUCUAAUAAUACUGAUAAAGUUUCAAAACCGGUGCUCAAAGAUUCUAAUAAUGUACCUGUAAAGUCUAAUUUAAUAACAAAAAGUAAUAACAGUAGUACGUUAGUAGUAACUAAAAGGAAUAACGUUGUUUAUAAUCCGCAAGUUACGAAAUCACCCAUCACAUUUAGUGGUACAGGUCACACUUUAAACAGUAAAAACAGCUCAAGUCCUCUAAAUGUUGCUGAAACUGUUCGAAAUGUUUGGGCAAAUAAACAGCUGUUACCUAGUACUCCUAAAAAUAACCCCAAAACCGAUGUUUCGAGAAGAAAUAGUUUUAAUGCAAUUACAACUAAUACUAGUAAACAUAAAGCAGAACCGCACAUCCUUUCACCGCCAAGUAAAAUAAAAAAAAUUGAUGAUUAUUUCAAAAGUACUGCAACAUCUUUGAUAAAAGAUUUGUAUGGUAAAGAUUAUGAAAUCAAAGAAACUAAUGACAGAAGAUUGUCAGUUGUGGCUGUUAAUACAAAUUUAGUUGAUUGCCCUAUUUGUAAUAAUAAAUUUAGUACUGAGGAAAUAAAUAGACAUUUAGAUGAAUGCCUGAAUAAAGAGGUAAUCGAAAACAUUACAAACAAUAAUGGUACCAAACCUGUGAUAAAUAUUAAGUCUGAAAAAAAAUGUUCUGAUGAUUAUUGCAAUAAACAAAAACCUCUUGAUAUAAAAGAGGAAAGCAAUAAAGUACUGAUUGCUAACAUUAAGACUGACAUAAGUUCUAGUCCAGCUGAUUAUGAUAAAAAUUAUAAUAUCAAAAAUGAAAAAAUAGAUAAGACAGAUGUGCCCAAAAUUAAAAUUGAACCUAGUUCAAGUAGAAGUACAGAUACCAUUAUAAAUAUAAACGAACAACAAUGUCCUUGUUGUGGUGAAAUAGUUAGAAAAUCAAUAAAUGAACAUUUAGAGGAAUGUUUAGCCUUUUUUGAUAACAAUACCACAAAUCCUAUAGAAGGUGCUUCAACAAGUUUUGAAAAUCACACAAUUAUUAUUGAUGAUGAUGAUGAUAUUUUUGAUGAGAGUUUAACGUUAAAUGCUACAGGUACGAAAUCACCAUGUCCAUGUUGUUUAGAAAUGAUUGAGCAAGCUGAUAUGAACGAUCAUUUGGACUUAUGUUUGAGUUAAAUUACAUAAAUAAUAAUAGUCAAGGCCUUUGUUGUUGUAAUAGCAAAAUUCUAUGACACUGGCUUCCUACUGGUUUCAUACAUGUGAAUAAUUGCUAUGAAACAACAUGACACACGUGAUUGUCAUUUUUUGUUUACAGGACCUGUCAUGUGAUAAUAAUUAUGUUUAAUAUUUAUGAAUAAUUGUAUCUUUGUUAAGAAAUAUGUUAAUUUAUUUGAAGGAGUUAUGAUUAUGUUGUUUGAAUGUCUAUUAAAUUUCGUUUCUACUUUGAUUGAAAUAAA